AUAGCACCUGUUAUGAGGACAAUAAUAUUGUUAUGAGCGACUUUUCUGCAAGUAGAGCCGUUCUCUAAUCUUGCUAAAGGUUCUUUUGGUUUAUUCUUGUCUGAUGCAUGGGUCUUUACAAAUUCUCAAUCUCAAACCUGAGCUAUCUCCUCUUAACUUGAUGUGGAUGUUUCUUUUGAAAUGACAGCAACCACUGAUAGAAACAAGAGUAACAAAACGAACAGUUUGAUAUUCUUUACUUCUUCAGAAUUUAUUCUCGUAGCCUUUAUCAUGUGAAAGUGCAUUAUUACCUGAUAUUUACUUAAAGCGCAAGGGAUGCCAUCCUCUUUUAAUCUUUCAACAGUUCAUUUCAGAUCGAUCAUGUUCUUUCUACAUCUACAAAACGCUGAACGCAUAUUCCUCUGAAAUUACAGAGGGUUUGCUUUCUUUCUGUGCAUGCUAUGAUUAGUGAGUUUUUUUCUAACUGAUUAUGGUAUGGGCACAAUCAUAUCCCGGCUAGCAAAGAGGUUUCUUUCAAAGAGUAAAGUCAGGGUUUUAAUGGUGGGACUUGACGAUUCUGGAAAGACAACCAUUUUGUACAAGCUGAAGCUAGGAGAAAUAGUUACAACCAUUCCCACCAUUGGUUUUAACGUGGAGAUAGUGGAGUACAAAAACAUAAGCUUCAGCAUAUGGGAUGUGGGAGGACAGCAGAAGAUUAGGCCUUUAUGGAGACAUUACUUUCAGAAGGUGGAGGGAUUAAUCUUUGUGUCGGAUAGCAGUGACAGAGAAAGAAUCAGUGAAGCUCGUAAUGAGCUGCAUCGGAUUUUAGGUGAUGAUGAACUAAAGGAUGCAACCCUGCUUGUCUUUGCCAAUAAGCAAGAUUCUACAAAUGCUAUGCAUGUCAAUGAGAUUGCUGAUAAACUUGGGCUACAUGCUCUUUCCCAACGCCGCUGGUAUAGACAAAGUUGUUCUGCUACGCUUGGAAAUGGACUGUAUGAGGGUCUAAAUUGGCUAUCGCAAACAAACCCGCAUUUUGAUGCAAGGAAAUAUAGACAUAUUAAUUGACACAUUCUAACAAAUCAUUGUCUGGUAUCAUUCUGAUUAAUAGAGAAGCUUUUGCUUUUCUUUUU